AUGGGAGGAACAACGCGUCGUCAAGGUCUUCGCAUCGAUAAUGUGUUCCGAACGUACUUUGGUUGGGUUAUGUUACCACUGGCACUACUCGGAGCUCUACUCGUUUCGCUAUUCAUACUGGCAACAUACCGGGCCAUCAAAGUUCGAGUGGUCAGUCGGAAAUGCUACAUUCUGUUGUUAAACAGAGCAAUUGGCGACCUGAUUUCUUGUAUCGUCGCUUUGAUUGUCUGUGCUUACGUGUUACUUUGGCACGAAAUAAAGUAA